CGAAAAUUUAAAUACAUUUUCGAAGUUUCGAAAAUAUUUCAGUUUUAAGGAAAGGGAAAUUUUCAGUUACUACGAGUACGCUGAGGCGACAAGAAGUGAUCAAUCGGUAUGCUAGAUUUUUCGCACUAAACAAAUAAUUUUGUUUUUGUUGCUAAUAAGUAUUUCACAUGUUUUCGCACUCAUAUACGAAAAUAUCUUCACUAUUAUAUAUACAUACAUAUAAUAUACUACGAUAUAUGUAUUUAGAAAUCUAAAAAUCGUGUCAUCGCGCCCACAAAAAGUCUCGAAAUGCCUUUAGCGAAAUUGGCAAUAUGGCAAUACGUGUUGAUUUUUGCCGCUUUUGCACUAGAAUGGAUCGAGUGUAAAUCCGUUUUCGGCAUCGGUGCACGUAUUAUUAACGAUCAAUUAAUACUAAAAGAUGUUCUACAAUCACGUCUCGUCGGAGUGGAUAAAAAUCCAGUAGUCGGCUUCAACUAUGCAAUUCCAGAGCCAAUAACUUACAUCGAAAUAGUUUCGGAACAAAACGUUCUGGCAGAUGUGUAUUUUAGCUACCAAAAUGAUUUGGUGAAAGGAAAUAUAGUUGCCAUUCCCAAUGACAACAACACAAAUGCCAUUAAUGGCUUCGAUCUGUUUGAAGUACAGAUAUCAAUUUAUGGGUUCAAUGAGACCAUGCUCAAUAUAAAUCCAUCGUAUAUACUGAAUAAAGAUCAGCAAUUCCAAGGCAUACUUGCACCAGAAUUCGAUUAUGAUAUCGACGAGAAUGAAACGGAAUCGAGUAAUGAAAGCGAAGAAAUGGCGGAUGUGUUGGAUGACGAUAUGGAAUAUUUUGGCGAUUUCGGUGAUGCUGAUAAAAUAAUCGAACAGGGAACGCGUCAAAAAGGUGAUUAUUUACUGUAUGAGACUUAUCAGACUUCACACACUUCCACUGAGGAACCAUCAAAUCAUACCGUUACAUUUUACUAUAUCGAUAGUAGUUUCAUAACGUACGUGCGGUUUAUAAUAUUUGAUCAUACUAUUGACAGAACGUCGAGCGAAUACAAUCCACCUGUAGCGGAGUAUUCUCACUUCUCUCCGAAUAGUCUUAAAGCCGUCAUUAAGGACGACUAUACCACUAACUUAUUCGUGCAGAUGUUAAUCUAUGGUUAUCAGCCAGACGAUGUUCCAGCGGACUACGCACCAUACUUAACGAUCCGCUAUAACACUGAGACGGAAGCGCCGUCGAGUGCUUUGCAGCGCUUGAAAGCUUUAAUGAAUGCCAAGUCACACGAGAAUUACGGAGACUUGGAAGAAAUAAAUUUUGAAACUGGUGAAAGAAACGAACUGUCUACUAACAACACCACAACAGAUGCAUCAGCCAGAAUGCUUUUGGGUGGAUUUACAGUAUUCAACGUAAUUAUUAUACAACUCUUAUUUUUUUAAACUUGUUUUAAUUAAUGAAGAGGCAAGUCUUUGGUUAAAGUACUUAAAAUGGUUACUGGUAUUAUUAUUGUUCUUAAAAGAAAAAAAAAAUAUUACGUCCAUUAUAUUACGUUACUAAAAAGAAAUUUCUUCGCAUAAAAUAAUG